UCCUGGCAUCCAUAGCUCCAUCUUUGAAUUUGAGAGUAGUUACAUUUCUUCAGUCCCAUCUCUCAGCUGUUUAUCAAAAAUGUGUUCCGUUAACUAGUAUUAUUAUAAGCCUAUCCUGUUCUGUAUAAUUUUGUCAUAUUUUCUCCUUUCAUUAUAGAAGGUCGAACUUGCAAAAUGGCUAGACAUGACAAACUGUACACAUGGAUGCGGUAUUUGAUGUUGCUGCUUUGUGUGAUACUUGUUAUAAGUGGCUUUGUGCUGCUGGGGCUUGGCGCAUGGAUUAGAUAUGGAGCAGCUACGUUUGUGGAUGUCCUGGGCUCCUACUCGUCUCAGCUCAUCUACAUCAGCUACAUCUGUAUUGGUAUGGGCUCAGUGCUGUCUUUCACGGGUCUCAUCGGCUGCUGUGGGGCUUGGAAAGAGAACCGCUUCUUUAUCAUGCUGUUUUUCUUCAUCGUGACAAUGCUAUUUGUUGCUGAAAUCAUUGGGACUAUUUUUGUCUUGACGUACCGGAAUCUGGUUAGCUUAGUGGUACGUGAUGCAAGCAAGAAUUCCCUUAUGACUGCCUAUAUGGGCCCAGCGGCAACAGACCCAAUCUCAACAGCAUGGAACACAGUCAUGGUCAAGUUCAAAUGCUGUGGUUUUGAGAACUCGACUGUAGAUUUCAAGGGCUCUGUAUUCAGUACUACCACGGGUUUGAACUACCCUAAGACUUGCUGUGUGAACAAGACCCUUGCAGACUGUGACGGUAUCACCAUCACUCCAAGUCUGAUCCAACCACAGAGCUGCUUUGGUAAGGUCAUCACAGUGAUCAGAGAGCAGAGUGUCAUCCUGGGAUCAGCAGCUGGCUGCAUAUGUAUGAUGGAGUUAUCCUCCAUGAUCCUUGCCAUGGUUUUGUUUGUGAAGUUGGGGCUCAUGAGGCAUCCAUGGUGAAGCCAAAUGGUCCAUCCACACCUGGAGGACACCAACAAUCUACACAGGCAACAAUAAAGUUC